UUUUCAAAAGCAAGAGACUUCCAAAAUGCCGGGGCCACAAGUAAACAAGUCACAUGAUAUUGUUUUGGUUUAGUCCACGAGAUCGAGAUAGAUACACUUCGACCAGAAAGACUGGCACUCUUUGGUUGAGCACAGAAAACGAUACACAAAUUUUUCUUUCGAUUCUUAGAAGCUGCAUUUUGUCAAUCGUUAUGGUGUGAGACAAUUGAUAAGAAGUAAUGUACCAGGUACUCUAAAUCGAGAGACUAGAGAUCUAGAUCUAUCUAGAUCAAGAGAUGUUUGAACUAUUCGAAUUCACGAGACUUUUUACAGUUCAGUCAAGUCGUCCUCACAGCCAUGGCAAAGUUGACAUCUGUCGUUUCGCUUGGAGAGAAGAAGGAGAAAUAAGCUUUUUAGCACUUUUAUGCUCCAAUGACCAGCUGCUGUUGCGAUAUGGCAUCAAUGGGAGGACGCCGAUCAUCAAGCAGCUCCCUUGGCUACCGGAUAAGUCAAUAGCUUCUCUGUGCUUUGACCCAACUUUAUCAUGGCUCCUCAUUGUCACAGAAAGUUCUCAAGAAGCCUUCAUAAUUCCUGCCUUGUCUAUUGUGGAACCUGAUGCCUUGAUAAACCAGCUCUUUAAAACGGAUGAUGUAACUCUGAGAACUUUUCAGUGUAUAAAUGGAAUUGUGUGCAGUGCUCUGUGGUGGCAAACACUGGAUGGAAGGCAAAUAGCCAUCAUUGCUACUGAUAUUGGAGAAAUUGUAUUUGUUGACCUCAUGAGUGAAGAGGAGAGAGUCACGAAAAUAACAAUUGACAUAACCGUCACUGACCUGUCAUUGUCCCAUGAUGACUUGCAAAUGAACAGUACUCUUCUGAUCACUACUGUCACUGGCAAUCAGUGGAGAUUGUUGUUAGAAACAAAGACAAAUGUCCCCAACUUUUCCAUGGACUCUGAUGUGGCAGAAAUGGGCUAUGACAACAUCGAUGGCCGCACCAUUCCUCCUCGGACCAUUCUCGACAUGGCAGAGGAGAACAGUGCAAUAUUUGCACCAACUCAGUUCCAGAACUUCGAACCACCGACCUUGCUGAAGCCGCAGUUUGCCAAAGGAAGACAUUUUAUCACCGCUCAUUGCACCCUGUCUUCCACCCUUGAGGUCAUGGACUCAGAUGCUGAGCACAGCCCCCUGUUUGUAUACAAACUUCCGGUCGGAGCCGAGAAUGUGAUCCUGACAGAUCGGCUCAUUUUCACCAUGAUACACGACUCCAGGGACAAAAAGUUGAUGGUCUUGUCCAACCAGAAGUCAGAAAACCUCAUGAAUGACCAGCAGGGUUACAACACUGAAGCAAUUGUGCAAGAAUUUAGCCUGCCAGACGAAGAAACGUUGAUUGGAGUGGAGAGAAAGCGCUAUCCGUUUUAUUACCACGAACAUCACGAGAAUGAGUGGACCAACAGAAUUAGGGCGGGCAGCAUCAUUUUGCCUGUGAGGAACCAGGACUCUGAGCUUGACUCUUCUGUCCUCGGUAUCCCGGUGACGACUCACACCGUGCUGGAUGGCUGUGUCAUCGUGACCAACUGCUGCGUCUAUGAAAUCCGCCCUUGCAUUUCUCCGGAACGUCUCUUUCUUCACCUCGCCUUGACCUCGACGGAAACCACACAAGCAGAAAAUCUGGCCAUAAGCAUCGGCCUUGACCUCACGAGUCUGUCUGAGUUGGCAGCUGACUUCCUUCUGCGGCGCGGAAGUUUUUCUCGUGCCAUGAAACUUUAUACUUUGUCCAAGAAAAUGCCUAAGUGCCCUGCUACAAAACGCACGGGUGGCCUGGCUCGCUACGGCUGUGUCUCUGAGACCAUGAUCCACCUGAGGCAGGUGCUGAGCAGCCCCAGCUUUGAGCUGAACACGUCGGAACGCAAGUUUCUGUCCAACAUGCUGCUUCACUGCUUCGUCUAUCAGCUGCACAGUGGGGGACAGGCAGUAGCCAAUGUGCAAGCAGGUUUGAGUGACUUCUUGUUUGGAAGUUUCUCUUUUGACGAGCAGACGGCUUUGAAUCUUCUUGCGGACUUUGGGGAAGUGGAUCUCAUCCUGACGUUUGCCAAAGCCCGCGGUCUGGUGGUGGACGCGCUCAUGGCACUGGUCCAGGCCGAGGCCUUCACAGAGAUCUCCUUCUCCUCUCUCAACGACUUGGUGCAAAGGGGCUUCAGCGCCCACCUCAUACAGUGUGGCAAAGGAUCCUACCUUCCAUGCCUUUCCCCUGAGGAUCUCGUCCGUCUGUUGAUCACACGACCCCAGCUGGCAAUCCACAACUCUGGCGUGCUGAGGCCGCUGAUCUCUGUACUGCAGCCGCAGCAGCUGCUGGAACUGGCGCGGAUUUUUGACCCAUCCAAGUCUGUGAUGAGGGGAACACUGCAGAGACUUCACACCUCUCGGAGAAGAACUAACAGUCUGACUUCCUUGUGCUCUGUUGCCAGCGAGGGAUUAGAGUCAUCGUCGGAAAAUCGAGAUAUGCGAGCUGACUCUUUGCUGGAGUUUUUCCUGACAACAGUUUUAUAUUUGAACCACCAGCGUCGGCAGAGUACUCCAACCCUUCAGAAAAGUUUAGAGUUCGAGUCCAUAGUAAACAGCCCUGUGUCAGAAGUGGAUAAUGUUGAUCAAGACGGCAGUGCAGGUGAAGGUCGUCGCAGACUUUCGGUGCAGGCUCAGCUGUUGUGUGGAGGAGCCAAGCACUCGGCUGUGGUGAGGAACGGGGAUUUGUACACCUGGGGCCGGUCGUUACAAGGAAGACUGGGCCACGGGGACAUCCCUCACGCUGUGUGCCCACCGGUGCGCGUUGAGACUCUGCACAUCCUCAAGCUCAAGGUGGAUGCUGUCGCGUGUGGCACGGAGCACACUUUGGCACUCACACAACAAGGGGUGUACGGCUGGGGCAGCUCCAAGUACGGUCAGGUGGGCGUGGGAACGUGCCACGUGUACCGACGACCCAUGCUCUUGGAGACUAUGCAGUCGGAGGUGGUUGUCGCAGUCGACUGCGGCCUGUAUCACUCGCUCGCUCUCACGGCUGAUCACCAAGUAUACACAUGGGGCUGGGGUGUGCAUGGGCAGCUGGGACAUGGGAACCCUGAGGAUUGCCUGGUGCCCACUCACGUCCGUGACCUACUUAAUGUCGGUGUGGUCAAGGUGGCUGGAGGAUACGCCCACUCACUGGCUCUGACAGAAUCGGGAGAUGUGUUCGCCUUUGGCUGUGGCUACUUUGGUCAGCUGGGUCAGGGCACCAACACCAAGAGUUCAAGGCCACUCAAGAUACACGAGAUCCCACAACCCGUCAUGAGCAUUGCCACAAAGUAUUUCCACUCGGUUGCUGUGACCACAACCAACAAAGUGUACGUGUGGGGAUGUCAUCCUCAUAACCUGAGACAGGUGGCAUCUUCCAUGCGUCAAGGCAAAGCUGCUGGGCGUUACAUCCCAGAACAGACGUCUUUCCUCAACCCCAGCCUGGUAGAUACGACCUAUGUACAUGGGAAAAUCACUAAGGUGUGUUGCGGCAGUCUCCACACAGUCCUUGUGGCUGAGGAUGGAGGUGUGUACGUGUGGGGGAGGAACUUGGAGGGUCAGCUAGGGACAGGAUCCAGACAGGAUGAGCGGAUGCCAAAGAUGCUGACAUCGAUCAAUGACCAGAACAUCGUGUGUGUGGCUAGCGGAGGAGAGUUCACACUCGCCAUGGACGCCGAGGGAAGUGUCUGGCUCUGGGGAAAGAACGACAGUGGACAGCUGGGAUUUGCACGGUCUCGUCGGGAUGGUCAAGGUUCUUCCAAGGUCGGGGGUGCUUUAGGUUUUCACCGAUCGUCUUCUCAGCCACACAACAUGGAGGCCAGCACUCCGUCAGAGCUAAAAGGUCUGCCCGUCUCUGACGUGAACGACCCUCUGUGGAUGUCUCUGCUCGGCUCUUUGUCAGUGGACAACAUUUGGAGUGACAAUCAAACCCUGGAGUCAGAGAAUGUACUGGAGACGUUGCCCCAUUUAGACCAGCUGGGUGCUGAGAUGUACGACAGUUGUGUCAUUCCUGUUGUCCUCAAGGCUUUGGAGAGUGUGUGUCACAGCAGCCCAUCCUUGCAGAAGAGUGUGGACCUGGGAGACUGGCUGACCGCUGGACAGAUCAGCUGUCUGGAGGAACAUUAUGUGCAGGCCCUUCACUACAGGUUGAAAGCCGUCAUGGAAGGUGCGUGUGGCGUUGUGAGCGAGGUGGGGACCAAUUUGUGCGCACAGCUCGUGGCACAUCACAUCAGGUUGGUGAGUGACAAAGCUUUGCCUGCCUCCCACAUCAGGAAGGAGCUGCAACAGCUGUGUAGUCAUACAUUGUACCUAUGGCAAGAGUAUGGUUUACCAAUCACCAACUUGGAGUCAAUCUUCUCCCAACACCUUUCCACAUUAGCGUCUUGGCUUGUGCAAGUUGUUCUAAGGUUACCCUCAGGCUUGUCGUCCUUACCCCUCUCACAACAACAAGAACCGUUCUCAGCUCCCUUUGCCCUGAGAGUGCUGAAGUCUGCCAUGGACUCGUCAAAUUCCGCAGAGAAUAAAUUUGCUCCCGACUGGCGCCAGAUGCUGGCGGGCCGGGUGCCGGAUCACACGGUUUUACUCAAAGGCGUGCAUCUUCAGAGCAAGGACAAGCUGACGCCUCAAGAUAGGCUGUGGGGGGAUAUUCUCAAGAACAUGAAGAAAGACUCGGGUGUGAUAACUCUGACCCACAGUCAGCUUGACUACUUGGAUGAACAAGAGCAGAGGUCAAAAGACCCACGACCCUCCUCAAAAUCCAUUGUCUUUUCAUGUGGUCACUCCUUUUCGGAGAGUGUGUUCAAGUCCGAAGCAAUGCCCAGCUUGACGUCAGAGCUGACCUCGGGUGGCCUGCGACUCCCCAACUCCUCCUCUCUCCUCCAGCACCUCCUGCAGCGACCUGGCCUCAAGCCCGCGGCCUGCCCGAAGUGUAUCCUGCACGGACUCAGGAUGAGCUGACGGCUGUGAUGUUUCUCUUUUUGUUUAUCUUGGGAUGCAGUCCUCUCCUCAGUGACGCAGCAAACUAUUUUUGUUGUUGUUACCUAAUACAUGUUUGUCAGACUCUAGAUCAGGAGAAUAUCUUACGUAAUGUCACAGGCAAGGUGUUCAGAUGUACUCUGCUCAAUUUGUUUUUCUUAAUUUUAUUGUAGUUUCUUAAUCAGUGGUAUCAAUUGCAUGUUCUCAAGAAUACUAUUUCAAAAUUCAAAUUCUACUUUUUGGAAACUGCAAGAAAAACUGCAUGAAGUAGAUAUAAUUUAACAAAUGAAUAAAACAGCUUUUUUUUUCUCUCUCUCCGGAAAAGUUUUCUUCUCUAUGCUUACAACUGAACAUCUGGCCCACAAUAUUAUGUUUUAUAAUUAUUGCAUCAUCUGUGCUGCUUCAUGCAAUUGGCGUAACUGCAAGAAUUUGAGUUUUAUCUAUUACAUCGAUUGUUUGUGACAGUGAAAACUGAUUAAUUUUCUAAAUACUUUCCAAGUGUUAACACACUUUAAAAAACGUUACAAGGCAAAUAUCCCCGGGUUCUUACUUAGAAUAUAUUUUCUCUUAACCGAUAUAAUAUUGUUGGGUUGACUCGAACUUACCCAAAUAAAAAA